CGUGCAGUUAGUUCCAUUCAGCCAUUUAGUGUUCACAGCGAGUUUCUCUCUCCAUUUACAGUGUGCGAACUUAGCGAAUUACAUUGAUUUAUUUUGCGAGUGGAUUCGAAAAUCUGCAACAUUUUCAACUUGACAUGUCGGCUUUUUGUUCAAGAAGGAUCGGUGCUUCUCCUGUUAACAUCAGGCAACCAGUGAUGAGAGUCUCCAGGGACGUUCGGAGGAAUGUUAGGGUGUUUUUCAAGAGCAGUGAAUCUGACUUGCCAAAACUGACAACUAUGACUCCUGUACCUGACUCUGGUGUUACAAAGCCGAAGAAGAAAUCGUGGCUGUCUCGCUUAGGCAUGUCAAAGAUUUUCCGAAAGAAAUCGAAGGCAGGAACUGAGGCAGAUGAUUCAGAUGAAUCUGAAAGUCUGUCCGGGAAAUCACAGCGCGGGAGAGAAGUGUACCGUAUACCAUCACGGAGGCCUCUUCUCUUCAAAAAAAUGCAUCUCCGCUUUCCUCGGAGAAAAACAACCCGUUCCAGGAACAGUGUCUCUCUUUGCAACAUCAACCAAGAAACAAGGAGUGUCUUCGGUUCAGCUCAGAUUAAUAAUAUGGUUGAAAGGGACAUGGCUUCUGCUUCAGUGACACCACAAUGGAGUGAAGCUGCAGACGUGAUUUCAACUUUGUCACGUGCAAACCAGGAAGAUGAGACAGGAACGACCACAUACAUCAUUAACCUUCCUAUAAUCUCUCCUUUCGCUGUGCACCACUGUGCUCAUGCCAUUGUACUACGAGCACAGCGGGCAUGCGGCUCGAAUCCUGCCGGAACACUGAUGUUAGCGGCUAAGAGCAAACAAGUGGGGCAACUGGCAGAAUCCGUGCUUCAUAUUUUAUCCAAGAUGCCCGGACUUUGUCUAGCUGAUGGUGAGAACAUCCCGAAGCAGCUCCACCGUGUAGUCAUAGAAAGGAUGUAUGAAGAGCUGCUGUCAAAUAUGGGGACGCCAUUUGACCUCAUGAAGGCCUUUAAUGCUGGAGCUGAGCGGGUACAUCACGCCUUCGCUCAGUCCUUUCUGAAGGCAAUGGAAGAUGAGGAUUUGGAGUCGUGCCUGUUUUGUCCACCAGGCACAGACAGUCUCUGUGAUGAGAAUGAAAGUGACAGGACUGAUGAAGAUUCUGUUGAGAAGAGCACAAGCAUGGCCAUAUUACUGCUACUGAAACUUCUGGCUAACGGUCCUCCACACACGCUUCCUCCUGAUGUCUCCCCUCAGAAACUGAUGAACAAAGUUCUAACUUCAUGCACUGAGGCUCUGAGUGGAUCUGUUGGAGAACAGAUUGAAAAACUCUAUCAGAAGAUUUUUGUUGAUCUUUGUGGACAAGUUAGUGUCGGGAGAUUGUUCCACAUGGCGUAUGCUUCUGAGGACUGGGGGUUUGACGAUGAUGUCAUCGCUCCUCUGACGCCUUUGACUCCUGAGACUGAUGCUGGGGUUACAAAGUUGAAGAAGAAAACACUGCCGUCUCACUUCAGAGCGCCAAAGAGUUUCACAAAGGUUAAACGUGACAUGGAUUCUGCUUCAGUGACACCACAAUGGAGUGAAGCUACAGACACGAUUUCAACUUGGUCAAGUGCAAGCCAGGAAGAUGAGCCAGGAAGGAUCACGUACAUCAUUUACCUCAAUCUUCCUAUAAUCUCUCCUUUCGCUGUGCACCACUGUGCUCAUGCCAUUGUACUACGAGCACAGCGGGCAUGCAGCUCGAAUCCUGCAGGAACACUGAUGUUAGCGGCUAAGAGUAAACAAGUGGGGCAACUGGCAGAAUCCGUGCUUAAAGUUUUAUCCAGGAUGCCAGAACUUUGUGUGGCGGACGGUGAGCACAUCCCCAAAAAGCUCCACCCUGUAGUCAUAGACAGGAUCUAUGAAGAGCUGCUGUCAAAAACAGGAACUCCGUUUGACCUCAUGAAGGCCUUUAAUGCUGGAGCUGAGUGGAUACAUCAUGCCUUCGCUCAGUCCUUUCUGAAGGCAAUGGAAGAUGAGGAUUUGGAGUUAUGUUUGCUUUAUCCGUCAAACUCGGACAGCCUCCAUGACGACAGGACUGAUGCAGUAUCUGCUGAGAACAGCACAAGCAUGGCCAUAUUACUGCUACUGAAACUGCUAGCUAAUGGUCCUCCACACACGCUUCCUCCUGAUGUCUCCCCUCAGGAACUGAUGAACAAACUUCUAACUUUGUGCACUGCGGCUCUGAGUAGAUCUGUUGGAAAACAUAUUGAAGACCUCUAUCAGAAGGUUUUUGUUGAUCUUUGUGGACAAGUUAAUGUAGAGAAGUUAUUCCACAUGGCAGACACUUCUGAGGACUGGGGGUUUGAUGAUGACGUCAUCACAUCACCAACGAGCCUUUCAAUCACUCCAUUGACUCCAAAUUGACAACUGUGGAACAGGAAAGCUGGGGAAGUCAGGGGAGCACGCCGAGUUCAUUCAAGUUGAAUGAAAGGUUAUGUGCAGAAGAAUGAAGAUACAGAAUUGGAGGACGCCAAGGAGCUUCUCCUCAGGAGUGUGUACAUAUGUUGUUUACUUUGUUUAUUUUGAACCCUUCUUCCUUUAUGUGAAAAUUUGUGUGCAUUAUUAUUAUUAUUAAUAAUAAAAUUAUUUUG